CAAUAAAAAUAUUCCAACUCUUUCUCCUUUACGACAUGUGUGAUGUUGUCUGAUGUGGUGUGGCCUGGUGUAGUGUGGUGUGGUGUAUGGGUUUGAUUUUCCUACCACUGCACUCCUAGUUACUUCACUACGCACCCUUAUAUACUUCCCCCUGCACUGAACUCUGUCUUUCUGUACACUUUGCUUUUCUGUUUUCUUAUCCUAUGUUUUCUUCAUGUUAGCUUACUCCGGACUUUUAUUUUUGCAUUUAUCUUUUCUGUCCUUUUGUGUCUCUUCCACUGUUAUACUUAUUCUUUUCAUGGUGAGCGAAAAUACACAUCCGUCACCCGUCCGCCUCACCCGUGCCUACCUCAACAGGACAUAUUAGCCAUCACACCUGUGACCACCUUGCAGGACACUACCAAGAUCAAAGAAUAAUGGCUGCCAAUGAGUAUAUUCCAUGUUUAAAAUGUGAUGUUUGGGUGCCACAGUAUGCUAAGGAGAUCCAUAUGGCAGAAUGUCAUGAACUGUCACUCAAGCAAUUUUCUCAUCCUUAUAUUGUUGGUUCUUCAUUGUUUGGGCAUGUUAAAGUAAUUGGAAAGACACAGCCAGAAGUGAAGGGUAGUGAAGCUAUUAAAUCUGCAUCAAAGAGCACAAAGAGUAAGGCCAAUGAGAGUACUCAUCAGAACAAGAAAGAUGAAAAGGUGUAUGAACAAAAAAGAAGAAAUGAAAACGUGGUAACAGAACCAGAAUGGCUGAAGAAGAUCUUACCAACUCUGCACUAUCGGGUGAUUCUGGUCAAUGAGAGAGAUUUGAUUCGUUGCGACAUCACAGCCUACACACCCGUGGAAGUUACCGCCGGGAGCAUGUCUUGUGCACUCCUUGCCAUUCCUGAGGAGAGUGUGCCUUUUGGGAACAUCAUGGUGCACCAAGGUGCUGCCAGGCAUAUACCAGACCUGAAGCUCCAUCGUCAGCUGUGCGUCAAGAAGAUUGACUGUGUCAGUUAUGUUGAUGAACUGACAGUGACAGCAAACAAAACAUUUACCAACAAUGAAAAAUCCUUCUUUGAGAAGCAAGUGAAAGCAUUUGUAUACAGCAGCUUCCCACUUGGUGCACCGUUCACAAUGAAAGUUGGCUCCAAGAUACAUUUGCCUUCUCAUGAUAAUAAUGGCACUACUUUUACAGUUCAAGGCUACAAACUCAGUGAUUCUUUUUAUGAUAGUGAACUAUCUAACUAUGGGCAGGAUGCAGAUAAUGAGGGAAGUGUUACCAUUCCAUCCCAACUAUUGACAAUAGAUGAAUGUGAAGGUUCUCUAGCCUCAGUUACUGACAAAGUUUCAAAACUCCAAAUCUCAUCACCUUAUUCACUUAAAUGUCCUCUGUUAGAAGAAACUGGUAAUGGCAGUAAGUUUGCUGUUAAUCUAAUAACAUCAACACCAAAGAGAACAGUUUCAUGUGAAGAAAGUGAACAUAGUGGAACUUUAUCCUCUAAGAUAAACAGUAAAGAGAUAUCAGUUAUCAAGGGCAGUGUAACAGACACCGGGUCUUACAGUCUGCAUAAAAAAACAACUUCUUGGGUCAGAACUGGAAUGAACACAAAAGUUAUACUGCAACAAGUUUGUGAUGAAAAGGCUGAUUUCUGCUUGCUUAAAGUGAAUGAUAAGAAUGAUUACUGCAAGGAAACUACAUAUUACACCUUGAAGAAGAUUAUGGAAGCUGCACUCACUGGGUCUGGUAUAACAGGCUCUGCCCUCCUUGGCCGGUGGAGUGGAGUGAUGCUCUUCGGCCCGCCUGGGACAGGCAAAACCUCCAUGGUGCAUCAGGUGGCAGCGGAGCUGGACGUCCCACUGUUCAUGAUAACUCAAGCCAGCGUGUCAGAGUCAUCAAGGACAGCAAAGGAGCACGUGCAGUUUACUUUUGCAGCGGCAUGUAAGAGAGCUCCAUCAGUGUUGUUCCUGGACGAAGUGGAGAGUUUGUGUCCAGCAGCAGACCACAAGUCACAGGCCGACAAAGUGCUCACACCAACCAUCCUGCAAGGAAUACAGACGCUGCAGACUUCUCCUCAGCCAGUGUUCUUGGUUGCCGCCACAUGCCAGCCAACCCAAGUAGCCACAAAGUUACGCAGCCCCGGCAGACUUGAGAGGGAGCUGAUGGUGCCGCUUCCUGAUGCUCGGCAACGAGAGAGAAUAUUCCAGCAGCUCAUGUCAGCCCAACGCCAUGACCUCACCAAUCAUGACAUUACGAGUCUAGCCAGGAAAGCUUAUGGGUUUUCUGGAGCUGAUUUGAGUGUGCUUGUAAGAUGUGCUUGGCUGGCCUGUGUGAAGAGGACCAAGGAGAAGGAAGAGCUGAGGUUAUCAAGAGGAGACAUUUGUGAUGGCAUGCAGAAUAUUGUCCCAGCGAUGCUGCGCCACAACUACUCAGCCGUGUCGAUGGUAAAGUGGCAGGACAUUUGGGGAUAUGAAAACAUCAAAACAAAGCUGCAGACCAUCAUCAACCUGCAUUCCUCUGAUCCGGAGAAGCACCCGCUGAAAGGGGUGCUGCUGUAUGGCCCACCAGGGUGUUCCAAGACCAUGUUUGUCAGGGCUCUCGUCCAUGAAACAAGUUAUAGCUUCUUCCCUCUUAAGUGUUCCAAUCUGUUGUCAAAAUACGUUGGUGAAACAGAGAAGUCACUCAGCCAGGUGUUUGUGCGAGCCCAGCAGGCAUCGCCCUCAGUGGUGUUCAUGGACGAAGUGGACAGCCUGUGCGGGGAGCGGGGUGGCGACGGGGGGCUUGUGUCUGAGCUCUUGACCCUUAUGGCGCAAAAAGGUGUACAGAGAAGAGUCAUGGUUAUCGGGGCCACAAACAGACCUCAUGCCGUGGAUGAGGCACUUUUGAGGCCCGGCUUCUUUGAGCAAGUCAUCCACGUGGACUUGCCAGACCAUGAAAGUCGCUAUGCCAUCUGGACCGGCCUGCUCAGGAAUGUGCCACAGGAAGGGUCGGUGUGCAUACCCAGGCUGAGUGAGGCCACGGAGGGUUAUUCAGGAGCUGAGAUAACAGCCGUGUAUCAAGAGGCGGCAAUGGCAGCCCUGGAGGAAUAUAUAAAAGAGUCUAAUAACAAACCAGGGCUGACUGUGACCUCUCCGUGCCCUGUAACCAUAAAUGAAGACCUCCUGAUGAGAACCAUAGCAACGCUCCCUCCAAGAACUCCUCCAUCACUUCUCAAAGCCAUUCUAACCUUCUCCAGACAAAGAAAGGACCUUCGCCCCAGAUGAGGGAACUAGUAUGAGAAAUUACAGACUUUUCAGACUCAUAAAAGCUAGUCAGAAAUGAGAGGUGAGUUGUUUGACCAGCUCUAGAUGAAAGGAGAAAUAAGAGACUAGAUUCAUAAAUGACAACAAGAGGUGAGAGGGUGUGAGUGUUGUACAAAUGACCCCAGAUGAAGAAACUACAAGGAAGGACUGGUGUAGGUACUAUGGGGAAGGAAUGAUGAAAAACUACAAAGAUAAAAGAACUGUGAGGAAUUAGAGACUGUUCAGAACUUCAGAUGCAUGAGGGCCAGUGAGAGGGUGUGAGUGUUGUUCAAAAAAAUAAAGUGAAGGAACUAUGAGGAAGGAAUGUUGAAGGAAUUAUGAGGAAGGAAUGAUGAAGAAACUACAAUGAUGAAAGAGCUGUGAGUAAUUAGAGACUUUCCAGACUCAUUAUGGCCAGUAAGAGGUGAGAGGGUGUGAGUGUUAUACAUAUGAACACAGAUGAAGGAAUCAUGAAGAAAUUACAAAGAUGACAGAGCUGUGAGUAAUUAGAGACUUUCCAAACUCAUUGUGGCUAGUGAGAGGUGAGAGGGUGUGAAUGAUGUAUGAAUGGGAGUGCAUAAAUGGAGAGGUGAAGACUAGCCUGCCCUGAUCUGGUUAUCCCCUCAAGUAAAGCUCCUAGAGAGAGAAAACAUGGUGUGUCAGAGCUAUUGAUAGAUGGAUAAACAUUAGUGCCUGCCAUGGCUUUCAUAUCUGGCUAAUGGGCAGCUUCUUUUUACAGUAGUGAAAGCAGCUCAAGGUCAGAAAAAAAGCCCACUAAGGCUCCUGUAAGAGAAAAUUAAAUUAAAUGGUCAAAAGAGAAGGUUAGUUUUAGAUGGAGAGGUGUCUUGAUACUUCCUUCUUGAAAGAAUUCAAGUUUUAGGCCACCAUGUUAUGGAGAUACUCAGUUCUCCAAGGAGCUAUCUCAGUGCCUUUACUAACAUGUGUUUUUGUUGCUCCAUCAUCAUAUUCAUACAUAGUUUAAUUUAAUAUUCAUGAAUAAAAUUUGUCAUAACUUUUGAUUGAUUCUUUAAAUAACAUGUUCUUUGAUCAAGUGUUACAAAUUGAUCAAUAAGUGCAGUAUUUUCUGUUGCAGGUUUCUGAGUUUUUUUUUUUUUUUUUUUUUUUUUCGUGUGUGUGUGUGUGUGUGUGUGUGUGUGUGUGUGUAAAGAUGACAUGUUGAGUUGCCAUAAUCAUCAUCAGCAGCAGCAGCCUGUGGCAGUACACAGCAGGACACAUGCCUCUCCUACAAAUUACCAUUCAUUUCUAUCAUGUGCCUCGGUAGUAUUCAGCCUCAAUGUAAAUGUUCUAUAUACUUUAUUCCUCUCCUUAGGUCUUUUUCAUAUCAAUAAUAUCUUAUGCUGUGACUUUUUCUCAAUCCAUUGCUCUCUCUUUUACAUAAUAUGUCAUGAACAUGAUCCUUUAAAAUUCCUUUAUUAUGUUUCCACAUUUAUUUGUUCUCUUAUCCAUUUGCAGUUUUCCUUAUGCAUCAUAUUGAUUCCCAGCAUUGGUCUCUCCAUUCGUUGUUGGGCACUCCUCUAUUUCCUUCCCAGAAACUUGUCAACAUCCAUUGUUAUCCAUAUGUCAUGAUAGGAUGAAAACCAAGAUAAAAUAAUAGUUUCAUUAUUAAUUUCAUUCACCAAACCAUGCAGGGAGCUGUUGUUAUACCAGAUAUGUUUCUUUCAAACCCCCUCCCUUGUUGUGCUUUCCUUCCUACCAUUGUAUCUUUUUAAUUUCAUGGUGCUACCUACACAUGUAUUAAUAGUUGUAUAAUCACACUCUGUCCUGCCUGGGGGUUGGGAUGGCAUGUUCCUCCCUUCUCCCUUGUUGUUUACCUGCAACAAUAAACUAUCAAUCAAUCAA